AUGAAUACCAUCUUGACUGUUAUAUCACUCUGGGUCCUUUAGCCUCAUCUUAUCUCCAGUAUGGUGUGUGUCUUGCUCCUCCAGAGAAUCUGGACAGAGGUUCUGGUUGUGACCCUGCUGGUGCUAAAUUCCCAGGUGGCUGAAGGCACUCAUGUGCCAGAGCACUUCACGGAGCAGCUGAAGUCCGAGUGUCACUUUGUGAACGGGACCGAACACGUGCGGUUUGUGGCGAGAUUCAUCUACAACCAGGAGGAGUAUGUGCGCUUCGACAGCGACGUGGGAGAGUUUGUGGCAGUGACAGAGCUGGGGCGGCGCGAUGCCGAGAAUUGGAACAACAGGAAGGAUGCCUUGGGCCACUUAAGGGCUCAGGUGCGCGCUGCGUGCAAGUACGACUACGAGGUGAUUGCGCCCUUCUUAGUGCGCAUGCGCGCUGAGCCCAAGGUGAUUGUGUAUCCAUCAAAGACAGCUCCCCUGGGACACCACAACCUGCUUGUCUGCUCUGUCACUAGUUUCUAUCCUGGGGACAUUGAGGUCAAGUGGUUCCUGAAUGGGCAGGAGGAGACAGCUGGGGUUGUGUCCACAGGCCUGAUCAGCAAUGGAGACUGGACCUACCAGAUCCUGGUGAUGCUGGAAAUGAUCCCCAAGCAUGGAGAUGUCUACACUUGCCAAGUGGAGCACUCCAGCUUUCAGAGACCUGCCAUCUUUGAAUGGAAAGCACAGUCUGAAUCUGCCCAGAGUAAGAUUCUGAGUGGAGUCGGGGGCCUCGUGCUGGGUCUGAUCUUCUUUGGGGUUGGCCUCAUUGUCCACAAGAGGAGUCUGAAAGGUGAGAAACUCUGGGGAAACCUUGAGGCCCCCGCCCUCCAUGGUAUCAUCAAGGGAGAGAGGAUUUUUUGUGCCAGAAAUCUGGCCCAAGGUCAGGGGUGAAGGGGUGAUCUGGCUCUGACCUUGGCUCUUUCUCCACAGAAUCUUAGAGAAGGGGGUGAAGGGGUGAGAUUCCAGGACUCAUGGUUCUUAGGGAAUCUCAUUUUCACUAUCAGAGACAGCUUUGUGAGGGAUCUCAGGUUCCAUCCUUUAGCCCCUCCCCCUGCCAUUCUCCGUCCCCUCCAUCCUGCAAUUGUAGAUGGAUGAAUAAAGCAUCAAUUAAGUGCUUCCUCUGUGGUUUCAGGUAUUGGGCUAAGCAGUGGUAGGAACUCUCUGUCCCACAGUGCUCAGAACCUUGGCACCCUUUGCUUCUAUGACUAGGAUUUACAAGCAUUUGUAUGGCUGUCUCUCUCCCUUCCUUUCCAGGAAAUGGGGUUCACAACCAACAGGGCUCCUGAACUGAUCCCUGAGGCUGUAUCCCCUGGAACUGUUGUGUCUUCCCAGCCUCCUCCCCAUGUUUGGAGACCCAUGCCUGUGCACAGAUCUCCAGGAGAUUAGUUCUACUGAUCCCUUCCCUGGAAUGCCUUACUUCUUGGAUCUUCAAUUCUGUCUGGAUUCUUUGGCAUUUCCCCAACAGAGCUUCAGUGAUCUCUUACACCCUCCUUUCUUUAUGUACUUUUUAAAAUCCAUUUUUUGUCCCUUGAGCCUUCCCCCAAAUAAUUAGAAGACUUAGAAUCAACUGGUAACACGGAGACAAAUUAAGGCGAGCAGAGAGAGGAAACUUUAGCAUUUGGGAUUUGGAGAAUCCGCCAAAGUGUGAAAUGCUUCCAGAGGUGCAGGUUGCAAACCAUCUACACUUUUUUAUCCUGGGCGCCUGUCAUCUAUGUCUUCCAUAAUUCCUACAGAAGUUGAUUAAUCAACAUGCAGAUGACUUUCCUCUACAUUUCCUGAUAUCAUAUAGAUACCAGUGGCCCUUACAGGCUUUCUGCCCAGAAACCCUUACCUUUCUCAUGUGAUGGGCCCACCUCAUUCUGUUGAUACAUCUCUCUGAUGACUUUCCUUCUACCACUUCUGCUCAGUUCUUCUUUGACAAUGUGCUGUAGCCUAUGCUUGCACAUCACAUGCCUCU